GCUUCGUGAAUGCACCCUUAAGUUCGCACAUGUGUUAACCAUAACCCAUUUUCCGGAUAAUUUAUGAAAAUAAAUAUUAUAUUCCUAAAGGAUUAAAUUAAUUUUCUAUAAAAAUGGUGAAAAUAUCAAAAGCAAAACGAAAUAAUCAAACGAAAAACAAAUUAGUAAAACAAGGAAAAAUUAAGAAGAAAAAGCAAAAACAGAAACAAAUUAACAUACAACAAAAUGCAAAUAUUCAGAAACAAUAUUCCGACGAUGAGGAAAGUGAUCAUGGACAAGAUUUACUGGAUAUGGUUGAAACAGAUGAUUUAAAUUUUUUAAAGAAUUCCGUCAUAAAUCGAUCAUAUUCCAUGUUAAAGAAGAUUCGCGUUACUGAUACAAAAGAUAAACCGGUAAAACGUAAACGAAAAUCAAGUAUUGAUGAAAAUUUAGAAGAACAAUACGAAGAAGAUUUAGCAGUUAAUAAUGCAAAUAAGAAAAAAGUUAAGAUGAUGUUACCUGUGAAAACAGAUCGUGGUAUCGUUGAACAGAUGAUAGAAGUUGAAGAUGUUGAUGAAGACGAAGAAAAUAAUAACGAAAUCAAACAAGAGGACACCAUUGAAGAGGAACAAGCUGAUAGUGAAGAUAAUUUUGAUUAUGAAGAUGCCGAAGAAGUUGAUAAACAAAAACCAUUAACAACUGCUGAAUUACUUGCGUUACGUGAAAAGAAAAUGAGAUUUAUCAAGGAAAAAGUUGGUGUAAUCUGUUCGGGAAUGUUAGAAGAUCCUGAAGGAAAAAUUAACAAUACUCGUUUACUAUUUAAUUUAAUGGAUGAAGCUACACCUGAAGUUUACUUAUUUACGAAAAAACUCAUAGCAGUUUCUUUAUUAGAAGUUUUUAAGGACUUGCUACCAUCGUAUGCAAUUCGAGAACAGGAUACGAAAGAAGUUAAAUUAAAGAAAGAUACGCUAAAAUUAAUGAAAUUCGAGACACAAUUAUUACAAUCGUAUAAAACAUACUUACAAAAAUUGGAAAAACUUUCGAAUAUUUUAACACCGAAAAAGGGAAAUACCACAAAACGGGCAAUUCAAGAGAUUAAACUCGCUGAAACCGCGAUUUUAUGUAUGUGCGAACUAUUAAUGACCCAUCCAUAUUUUAAUUACUCUCAGAAUAUCGUUCAAGUAAUUGUACCAUUUUUAAAUCAUAAAUUACCGAAUAUUCGAGAACUUGUACGUAAUUCGAUUAUAAGUAUAUUUAAAGAGGAUAAAAAGGGGGAAAUUACGUUAAUUAUAAUUCGGAAAAUUAAUUUAUUAGUUAAAUUAAAAGCGGAAUCAUCGUUACAUGUUGAAGUUCUAGAACCGUUGUUAGCUUUACGAAUUAAAGAUGUUAAUAUGGAUCAAGAAAAAGAGAACGAAUUAAAGCAAAAGAAAUUAAAGUCGCACAAACAAAACUUGAUUCAACAAAUGUCGAAGAAAGAACGAAAACGAAAAAAAAAAUUAGCUGAAUUAAAUAAAGAAUUACUUGAAACACAAGCUGAAGAAAGUAAAACGGCAAAACAUAAAUUAUUUACGGAAAUAACUCAAUUUGUUUUCACAAUAUAUUUUCGUAUUUUAAAACAUUAUCCAAAAACGAAAAUUUUAAGUGUUACACUUGAAGGUUUAGCGAAAUUCGCGCAUUGUAUAAAUAUCGAUUUUUAUACAGAUCUUGUAAAUGUUAUUAAUAAUUUAUUAGAUGAUGAUGAAUCACUAGGAUAUCGUGAACAAUUACAUUGUGUUCUAACAGUUAUAACAAUUUUAAGCGGACAAGGAGAUGUGUUAAAUAUCGAUCCACUUCGAUUUUAUGCUCAUUUAUAUAAAAAUUUAUUUGAAUUCCAUGCGGGAACGAGUCAUUCCGAUUACCCAGUACUUUUACAAACGUUGGAGAUGGUUUUAAUUAAACGUCGAAAAAAGAUUUCCCAAAAACGAUUGGCAUCGUUUGCAAAACGUUUAUGCACAAUGGCGUUACUUGCAAUGCAUAAUGGAUCGUUAGCUUGUUUAUGUUUUGUUAAAACCUUGUUACAGCUAACGAAAUCCAUUGAUAUAUUAUUGGAUUGUGAUCCAACCGUAGGUGAUGGUCAUUAUUUACCAUUUAGUGACGAUCCAGAAUAUACUAAUGCCAGUAACAGUGCAUUAUGGGAAUUAAUAUUGUUACAACGACAUUAUCAUCCCAUUGUACGUAAAAUGGCGUUGUAUGUAAGUUCCGGAUGCCCAGCGAGCGGGGAUGGUGGAUUAGCACCCGAAUUAAAGAAACUUAAUUCUGAGGAAUUAUUUACGGAAUUUGAUUCGAGUCAAUUGGCAUUUAAACCUACGAUAUUGCCACCGAAAGUGUGUAAACCGACUGGAAAAAUUGUUAAAACUAGUUUUAUACAAAAUGAUUUUGGAAAAUAUUGUAAAAGUAUUUGUAAACAAAAGAUUUCGUCUGUAGAUUAUUUCGAUAUUCCUUAAAUAAAAUUGUAAAUAUUUUUAUAUUUGUUA